ACAACAAUGGUAGGGUAAUAUGAACAGAGACUAAACAAAUGUCUCAGUGUUUGUGUACAUUCUACCUGUACAUUUAUGUAUUUGUAUGCACAUUGAGUGUACGUUUGUUUCAAAACAAACCUUCCUUAACCAAUCUUACAGCAUUUGAAUUUUUGGUGCUGGUGACUAUAUUUGCCAACUGUAUUGCUCUGGCUAUCUACACACCGUAUCCUCAAUCAGACUCCAAUAAGAUCAAUGAAGCUUUGGAUACUAUUGAAUAUGUGUUUCUUGUGAUAUUCUGUUUGGAAGCAAUAUUAAAAAUCAUUGCCUACGGCUUCGUAAUGCACCAAGGGGCGUACUUACGGAACGGAUGGAACGCAUUAGAUUUCACCAUUGUUAUCAUAGGAAUUAUUAGUAUACUUUUAAAUUAUCUCCCCUGGAAUCAAAAAUUGGGUUUUGAUGUGAAAGCCCUAAGAGCAUUCAGAGUAUUGAGGCCUUUAAGACUGGUGUCUCGAGCCCCAAGUCUUCAAGUGGUUUUAAAUUCCAUUCUACGUGCCAUGGUUCCUUUGUUACAUAUAGCCCUACUUGUCAUCUUUGUCAUCAUCAUCUAUGCCAUCAUCGGUCUUGAAUUGUUUUGUGGGCAUCUACAUAAUGCCUGCCUCAAACCAAAUUCCACUGAGUUAUAUGAAUAUGGUGAAGGUGUACGCAUCUGUGGGAAAGGUUACACAUGUGAGGAAGGCGCACACUGCGAUUUAAAUGGUACCUAUGAAGGUCCCAACUUUGGAAUCACAAAUUUUGAUAAUUUUGGUCUUGCCAUGUUGACUGUCUUCCAGUGUAUAACAAUGGAGGGCUGGACCACUGUUAUGUAUGAUGUUAGUCGUUCUCUUGGUUCUGAAUGGCCAUGGAUCUAUUUUGUUAGCCUCAUCAUCAUUGGUUCAUUCUUUGUCCUUAACCUUGUACUUGGUGUUCUCAGCGGUGAGUUUUCUAAAGAAAGAGAAAAAGCCAAAGCCAGAGGAGACUUUCAAAAAUUAAGAGAGAAGCAACAGUUAGAGGAAGAUCUGAGAGGCUAUUUAGACUGGAUCACUCAGGCAGAGGACAUUGACCCAGAAGUAGAGGAUGAGGCUGAAGAGGGUGCUACACCAAGACACUCUUGCUGGAAGUUUUCAUUUGCCAAAAUUGUCAGUGAAAUAGAUUCAGAAGAGAAAGUGGAAGAGGGAGAAACUGUUGAAAUCCAGCAGACGUGGUUUCAACAAAAGAGAUUAUAUCUUCAGAAGUUAAACAGAAGGUACAGGCGCUUCUGUCGUAAAAUUGUCAAGUCUCAAGCAUUCUACUGGGCUGUGAUUGUGCUUGUCUUUCUGAACACAAUAGUCUUGACGUCAGAGCAUUAUGGACAACCAGAAUGGCUGGACAACUUUCAGGCUAUUGCCAAUCUCUUCUUUGUUGUCCUCUUCACAUUUGAAAUGGUGGUCAAGAUGUACUCGCUGGGCUUUCAAGGCUACUUUGUGUCCCUCUUCAACCGCUUUGACAGCUUUGUGGUGGUCUGCAGUAUUCUGGAAGUCAUAUUGAUGUACACCGACGUCUUUCCCCCUCUGGGUAUCUCUGUGCUCAGAUGUGCUCGCCUUCUCAGGGUAUUCAAGGCCACAAGAUACUGGUCCUCACUAAGAAACUUGGUGGCCUCACUCUUGAACAGUAUGCGCUCAAUCGCCAGUUUGUUGUUGCUGCUUUUUCUAUUCAUUGUCAUCUUUGCCCUACUGGGAAUGCAGCUCUUUGGAGGCAAGUUCAAUUUUGACGAUGGCGACAAGCCAAGAAGUAAUUUUGAUGCCUUUUGGCCUGCACUGCUUACUGUAUUUCAGAUUUUAACUGGUGAGGAUUGGAAUGUAGUCAUGUACAAUGGAAUACGAUCCUACGGAGGUACCAGUUCUCCUGAAGUUAUGGUUUGUCUUUAUUUUGUGGUACUCUACAUUGUAGGUAACUAUAUUCUCCUAAAUGUGUUCUUGGCCAUUGCUGUGGAUAAUUUAGCUGAUGCACAGAGUUUAACAGAAAUUGAGGAGGAGAAGAAAGAGGAGAAAGAAAGAACAAGGUCACUCAGGAGGUCAAAAAGUAGAAGUCCCAACAAGGAGCAAGAGGGUGGAGAAGAGGAAGGUCUUGAUGUGAAUGGUAAUGAUAAUGCUGAGACGGCAGAGAAAGAGUCCAAUCAUUUGAGCAGACAGCCAAGCUCCAGAAGCAGAAGGUCACAAAGGCAGGACAGUAUUCAUAGCGACCAUCAUGUCCGUCUUGACCUUAGCCCUGAUCACGCUUUAUCUGGAGAGUACAGAAACAGUCAUAAAGUGCCACUAAGAGAUGAUGAAGAAGAAAAUGAGGGAACAGAUGAGGAGGAAGAGGAAACAGAGGGCACUGGAACUGAGGAUGGGGAAGGAGAGGAAGAUGAAGAGGAUGAUGAAGCGCCCUCAUCAGCACGACCUAGACGCAUGUCUGAGCUACACAUAUCCUCCAAGAUAAAACCCAUUCCCCCUUUCUCUUCUCUGUUUUUGUUCUCUCCUACAAACAAAUUCCGCAUCAUCUGUCACAGAAUCUGCAACCACUCCUACUUUGGAAACUUCAUCCUUGUCUGCAUCCUUAUUUCUAGUGCUAGCUUGGCAGCUGAGGAUCCCCUGAAUGCAACCUCAGAAAGGAAUGAGAUCCUGAACAAGUUUGACUAUGUCUUCACUGCAAUCUUCUCCAUUGAAAUCAUUAUCAAAGUGGUCACCGAUGGCCUCAUGUUACACAAGGGAGCAUUCUGUCGCAACAUGUUUAAUAUUUUAGAUAUAGCUGUUGUUGCCGUCUCAUUGAUAUCCUUCCCAAUAAGAUCAGACAAACUAAAUGUAGUCAAAAUUUUGAGAGUGUUACGUGUGCUCAGGCCACUUCGAGCAAUCAAUCGAGCCAAAGGGCUAAAGCAUGUCGUCCAGUGUGUGAUUGUGGCCCUGAAAACUAUCUACAACAUCAUGCUGGUCACAUUUCUGCUCAACUUCAUGUUCUCUGUCAUGGGGGUGCAACUCUUCAAGGGUAUGUUCUCAAAGUGCACGGAUGAAUCAAAGCUGACAGAGGAAGAAUGCAAGGGUCAGUUCAUCACCUACGAACCAGGCAACAUAAAAGAACCAAAACUUGAAGACCGCAAGUGGGAAAAGAAUGACUUCAACUUUGACGAUGUGACAAAUGGGAUGUUGACUUUGUUUACAGUCUCCACGUUUGAAGGCUGGCCAGACUUGCUGUACACAUCCAUAGAUUCUAAUGAGGAAGGGAAAGGACCUAUUCAGAAUUCCAAACCUGCGAUGGCCAUCUUCUACUUUAUUUUCAUCAUCGUUAUAGCUUUCUUCAUGAUGAACAUCUUUGUGGGUUUUGUGAUCGUGACAUUUCAGAAUGAAGGAGAACAGGAGUAUAAAAAUUGUGAGCUGGAUAAAAAUCAGCGUAAAUGCAUUGAGUUUGCCUUGAAAGUGAAACCUAUUUGCCGCUACAUUCCAAAAGCUAGAUGGCAGUAUAAGAUCUGGUGGUUUGUCACAUCCCAAGGCUUUGAGUAUGGUAUCUUUGUACUGAUCAUGUUGAAUACAUUAACUCUAUCCAUGAAGUACUAUAACCAACCAGUAGAAUAUAGCAAUGCCAUGGAUUACUUGAAUAUGAUCUUCACUGGAGUUUUCACUUUGGAAUUCAUAUUUAAAUUGACUGCAUUUAGAUUCAAGAACUAUUUUGGUGAUGCCUGGAAUGUGUUUGAUUUUAUCAUUGUGCUGGGCAGUUACAUAGACAUCCUUAUUGCAACAUUCUCUCCUGAGAAAGAGUCUGAAACCAAGGUUGGAAUCAUCAGCAUCAAUUUCUUCCGUCUGUUCAGAGUAAUGCGUUUAAUCAAACUGUUGAGUCGUGGUGAAGGAAUUCGCACAUUGCUCUGGACUUUCAUCAAAUCUUUUCAGGCACUUCCAUAUGUAGCACUAUUGAUCGUCAUGCUUUUCUUUAUCUAUGCAGUCAUAGGCAUGCAGUUGUUUGGCCGCAUCAAACUUGACUUGUCGACAGAAAUUCAUGAUAUGAAUAACUUCCAACACUUCCACUUUGCUGACUUGUCGACAGAAAUUCAUGAUAUGAACAACUUCCAACACUUCCACUUUGCUGUCCUGGUGUUGUUCCGCUCGGCUACAGGGGAGUCCUGGCAGAACGUCAUGCUGGCCUGCUCCAACAAAAAGGAAGUUAAAUGUGACCCUCUAGCUAAGGAGACAGAUGAAAGCUGCGGCAAUGAGUUUGCUUAUCUUUAUUUCAUCUCAUUUUAUAUUCUUUGUUCCUUUUUGAUUAUCAACUUGUUUGUUGCUGUUAUCAUGGACAACUUUGACUAUCUGACCAGAGAUUGGUCCAUUCUUGGGCCUCACCAUCUGGAUGAAUUUGUGCGUCUGUGGUCAGAGUACGACCCUGAGGCUAAAGGUCGAAUAAAACACUUGGAUGUGGUAACUCUGCUCAGAAAGAUAUCACCUCCCCUUGGCUUUGGGAAACUUUGUCCCCAUAGAGUUGCAUGCAAGAGACUUGUCAGCAUGAACAUGCCUUUGAAUAGUGAUGGUACAGUCAUGUUCAACGCCACCUUAUUCGCCCUUGUGCGCACAUCCUUGAAAAUAAAGACUGAGGGCAACAUUGAUACAGCCAACGAAGAGCUUCGGGCAGUCAUUAAGAAGAUCUGGAAACGGACUAGUCCAAAGCUGCUAGAUCAAGUGGUCCCCCCCGCAGGUAGAGAUGAUGAUGUCACAGUUGGAAAGUUCUAUGCCACGUUCCUUAUUCAGGAUUAUUUCCGACGCUUCAAGAAGAGAAAGGAACAGAUGGUGAAAAUAUCAAAGGGUCAAGAACACACGAAUGCUCUUCAGGCUGGUCUUCGAGCCGUUCAUGAUCUUGGACCAGAAAUACGCAGAGCCAUAUCAGGAAAUCUGGAUGAAGAAGAAAUUCUGGACAAAGAUGUUGAGGAGCCGAUGCAUAGAAGAAAUCAUUCCUUGUUUGGAAGUGUUGUCAGCGCCAUGGCAGGAGUACGUCCUAUCCUUCCUUUCCUAAAUAGAACUCAGUCUCUGAAAGGGACCAAGGGACAUAACACUUCUAAUUUAUCUCCCAUCAUUGCUGUCAGUACAGCAGCCACCAAGAUGCUAGGGAUGAAUGGGACUAUUGGUAGUGCCACAUCUUGCAAUCAUCUGAACCAAGACUUGCCAAUUAUAAACCAAACCCUAUUGCAAACCGUUAUUUCACCUCCCAAAGAUGAGUCGCGUCGACCCAGUAAAGUUAGCGACACCAGGAUCAACAUUGAACCGGCUGAUGAAAGUUUCCAUGACGCCAAUGAGGGGGAAGAGGAGGACCAGUUUGAGGAUGUGGAGGAAGGAGGUGAGCUGGCCAAAGUUGAGUUGGACACUGUUGUUGUGGACAAGCCUGCAGUCGGCGAUGGACACGUGCCUCAUCCUGUCAUUCCAAACAAUCUCAAUGCCAGUCCAUCCAAUAAAAAACAUGGCAUAUAUGUCUAUCGAGACUUGCCUCAAGAAGACAGUGACUUUGAGCGGGAACAGACUCCACCUACACCACCCCCUCGAAGGUUAAGUCGGAAAGGUGCAUCCUUCAAGCUGGGCUGCAUCGGAAAGCAAGGUAGUGAUGAGAAUCCUUUGAUGAGAACAAGCCACCCCAUGAGACUCUCAGGCCAUCACAAUAACCAGAUUCUGUCAGCACCUAACUUAUCGGACCAAGAUGAAGGUUCACAUCCAUCCAUACAGCCGCAGCAAAGUUCUUCAGGUGGAAGAUUAGUCAGUUUCCUUCGGAAGCUGGGCCGCAAAUCAACUGGAGUAUCUGAAGAAACUCCCCAACAGCAGCGCCACACCAGCCCGCCCUCUGUGACAGACGGCAUCACGCACCCUCACAGGUCCAUGGGACGAGGCCCGCUCAUAAUUCCUCGGUCAGUCCAGCAGCAGCAGACAUUAUCACCCAGACAGUUGGAGAACAGAAGAAGCAGUGCAGAAACAUUAGUCGCUAAGGUUCUGCUAGAUGAGGGUUUAAAUCGUUAUGUAGACCCCCAGUGUUUGCAGAGAGAAAUAGCGGAAGCCACCAAUAUGACUCAGGAAGAAAUGAAUGUAGCUGCACGAGAAAUUAUCCGCCAGUCCAGAAAUCUGGACUCUGCCUACUUUGAAUCUAGUCCUUCCAGCAUCUACCCUCCUGACGUUGGUGCCAGGUCAAGGCGGCCUGCCUCUGGUCAACAGCAACAUGAGAUGCAAGACCGUUCCCGUUUGUCAGCCAACUCCAAUUAUGUAGAUAAAUAUCCAUUGGUAAAUGUGACUUCAUUAUAGCAGUGGCUUUUUUGCUAGUCAUGUGUGCUGUUUAACUGAGAGUAGAAAACAAAUGCUCUAGCUGAUACUAACUAACACACUAGUUAAUUGAACUAUUUUUAUUUUCUUUAAGAGCUGUGUUGUUUAGGAAAAUAGCUUUCUCUCUUUGCCAAAAAAAAUAAUAAUUGUUUUCUAAACUUUUUUUUUUCUUAUAGUUGCCAUAAUUGUUUUAUUUCUCUUUCUACUUUGCAUCAAACCUGUACUUUGUAGGUCUUACUUGUACUUUGUAGGUCUUACUUGUACUUUGUAGGUCUUACUUGUACUUUGCAGGUCUUACUUGUACUUUGCAGGUCUUACUUGUACUUUGCAGGUCUUACUUGUACUUUGUAGGUCUUACUUGUACUUUGCAGGUCUUACUUGUAGUAUAUUUUUUAAUAUGAAAAAAAUCUAAGCACUCUUCAACUCUUUCUCUCCUAACUGCCGAAAGCAACAUUGAUUCCACCAGAAUGUGAUAGAUAAUUACGGAGAGAAAGAGUUAAGAAACAAUAAUUUGACUUCCUGCACACAUCACUGCUUGCUUUUGUCAACUGCACUGUGUCACAACUUUAAACUGCAUUUUAUUUUUCAUUUGAACUUCAAGUUACAAUGUGCACUGUUCUAUUAAUUGGAAUGUUUUAAUUUUUCUAGUGAACUUGUGAUUCGUAGUUUCGCUGGUUUGUGAUGAGGAUGAACUGUGAACUGCAGCUGUGACCAGUGCCUGCUCGUGUUCCUACUAAACACUAACCCAAGUCUUGAAUUAGUUCUCCUGUAGAGAAGCAUCACUUAUCUAUAUAUUUUAUGUACAUCUCAAAGUAAUGUAAAUAGGAAAUCUGUUUGUUUAUGACCACUGGCCUAUAUAUAUUUAUGCAUGUAUUUAAAAAACUAACAAUGUUGAUUCUGUGUGGCUGAAUGGUUGGUUUGAACUUCUGGGAGAGGAUGCCCCACUAAUUUUAGAAAAAAAAAUUCUUUUUUCUUCAUCUUAUUUUCCUAUAUUAUUUGGAAUAGUUCUAUUGCUUGACAUGUACGUCUUGAAAUGUUGUCAUGAAAUUAUUUCGAUUAGUUUAAUCAUCAGCAAUACUGACUGGUCCUCACGGAGAGCAGAUUCAUUGAUUUGGGAGUCUUCUAUUGAUUUGAGUUCAUUCAGAAUCUGCCAUUCUCUUGCCUGUCAUGUUCUUCUUUUUUAUUUUACCUUUAUUUUGAGUUGGGACAUUACAUUCUGUGGUUGUUGUUUUUUGUCUGUGAAUAAAGUUACACUUUUGCAUGCAACACAUGCUCUGUAAUUAUCUCCCUUACAUUGAGUAUUUGCUAACAUUGAAAAUGAACCUGACUGUAAAUAAUGUUGUCAUUCACUGAUCACCUUUUUCUUUUUCAUUGUUUAUUUUGGCUGAAGGUUGUUUUUUUUUUUUCUGUUUUAUACUAGACAUGGUUUUCUUGGACAUAGUCUGCGUUGAAAUCAAACUAGUUACCUCGUAUUCUUGAACGCCAUCUGUGUAUAAAACAAACUAGUCCUUUACUAGCAAGCAGUCUGUGUUGAAAUCAAGCUAAUGAAACGUAGCAGGCUUUUACAGUGUUCUAACAUGAACUCCCAUAUCACCUAGUGAUGCGUGUACAUAAACGAUUUACCUUCUGUUUCAUUGCUACCAAAGUUGUACAUUUGAUUUUAUUGAAUGGCUUUAUUCUUAACACUUUUUUUUUUUCCAUAUCAAUCUAGCCCUCCCCUUUGUCACAUGACAUUUACAAGUUCUUUUAUGUAAAUAUUAAGAUUUGUUUCAACUUUAUAUUUCUUAUCAAGGGUCUUUCUUUUAUGUCUGUAAUGUUCAAUACACUGUGAAAUCUUUUCAUCGCAUAGUCGAUGACUUCUUGUACAAUUUGUUGUUGUUUUUUUUCUGUGCAAUUUUCCAAUUAUAUUUAUGUUUUUUUCUUUUGGGGAAUGACUUUUUCUUGAGACCUUCUGGGCAGAGAUCCAUGUUCUAGGCUGGUAGUCUUUAGACCUACUGGAUAGAGAUCCUUGUUCUAGGCUGGUAGUCUUUAGACCUACUGGAUAGAGAUCCAUGUUCUAGGCUGGUAAUCUUUAGACCUACUGGAUAGAGAUCCAUGUUCUAGGCUGGUAAUCUUUAGACCUACUGGACUACUGUUUAUGUUCUAGUUUUGGGAUAGCAUGUUUCAAUAUUUUUUUGUUUUGCUCAUAAUAUAAUUGAGCUUCUGAUUCAGAAUUUGGUUGUUCUCAGCUAUCUGAUCAAUGUAUUUUAUGUUCCUAAUAAGUUUUGUCAUCAACAAUGUCAACUUGUAUAGUGCAUCAAUAGCAGUAGGUUGCGCUAGUGUACACGACUGAUGGUUUUGGAAAGUAACAAUGUCUGGACACUAGGGCAGUGAUGUACUGGGCUGUUUUUCUGCUUAAUAAUAAUUCAGUUGUAUAGCUCUUACAUUUCAUUAUAUCCAGUUGGUCAGUUCACUAUCUCAGCAUGCUUAUUGUCCAGCUGGCCUGGAUUGAUUAGGCACAAGGUAUGGCUGGAGAUAGUGACCAGUUCUAGUUCUACCGCUACUUUUUAUUUCCCAGUCUGCAUGAAUUGAUGUCAUUGUGUUGUCAUGGUUACAAAGUUGUUCUCAGCAUGUUGUCAUUGUGUUGUCAUGUUACAAAGUUGUUCUCAGCUUCCUCCUGUAGAAUUCUUUCUUUAAUAAAUGGGUUGUUGUCUUUUCUUAUUUGAAUCAUCCUUUCUAUUCUAGUUGUGUUCAAUGUAUCUGGCGCCGAUCACUUUAUGCCAUGUUGUGGUUGUAGUGGUACAUUGUUUCCAAUGAUACUACUACGAAAAUACCUGUGUUAUAGUUUUCAUUAUUUGACCCAAACCUGUCAGUUUUUACUAGACCCUGUCAAUCAGUCUGGACGUUACUAUGGCAGCCUCAUUGCCUGUGUGUUAACAUAAAUAAUCUGCUCGUACUUUUACUGAUAAUUUCUAAUGAAACCAUUAGUAUCUUCUCAUCCAAAAUACAAGAAUUGAAUAUCUUCAAUAUGUUUACAUUAUAACAGUAGACGGCCAUUUUACAAACUGAUGUAAUUAAUACUUGAGACUAAAGAUUACAAGCUAAAGAUUUCAUAUUUACAUGUUUUCUUUUUGAAGUGUCCUCCAGAUUGAAAGAUAAUGCAGAAUAUUUGACUGCAUAGAUGCCAAGUCACUUAAUCAUUUAAUUUGGGAAGCUAAAAAAGUGACGAACUGGACAGAUUUGUUAAAACAUCCUGUCUUGAACAUAUAAAUAGCUUCAGGCAAGAAUAAUUUGUAUAGACUUGUCUUUUUUUUUUUUUUUUUUUUUUUUUUUAGAGGUUAUUUUAAACAUCUUUUGUCAGUUGGUCAACAUAAAUAAAACAGAAAAUUUAAUCACUAAUUGACAAUUGCUUUGUUCAUACAAGUGCAUCAAAGGGCAGUUUGGCAUUAAUAUCUGACCUUAGUUGGGAAAAUAUGUUCUCUAGUGUAAAUGCUAUUUAGAGCAGUGUUUAAAAAAAAAAGAAUUAAAAAUCCAGCAUCAUGAAUUUUUAACUUCAAUAAAAAAGUUAUGAAAAAAGGGGUGGGUUCAUUACAUAAUAUAUUGGUUAGGUGACAUCUUUACAAAUUAUUUUGGUUAGGUGACAUCCUUACAAAUUAUUUUGGUUAGGUGACAUCUUUACAAAUUAUUUUGGUUAGGUGACAUCUUUACAAAUUAUUUUGGUUAGGUGACAUCUUUACAAAUUAUUUUGGUUAGGUGACAUCCUUACAAAUUAUUUUGGUUAGGUGACAUCUUUACAAAUUAUUUUGGUUAGGUGACAUCCUUACAAAUUAUUUUGGUUAGGUGACAUCUUUACAAAUUAUUUUGGUUAGGUGACAUCUUUACAAAUUAUUUUGGUUAGGUGACAUCUUUACAAAUUAUUUUGGUUAGGUGACAUCUUCACAAAUUACUUUGGUUAGGUAACAUCUUUAUAAAUUACAUUUGAGUAGAAAUCAAAAUGACUAAUUUGGAUGUAAAAUUUCUGCCUAAGAGCCGUCUCUAUUAAGUCCACUUACUGUACAAGAUGUAUGUUUCCUCUAUAAGAUACCUAGACUAGGCUGCUCUCAUUGAGUCAUGUCCUUUGAUGUUCUUUGUGAUAACAUUUAUUUUGAUGACAUUCUUGAUCUGGUGCCUUGAUUUCAAUACACAGAAGCAUCUUGUAAUAUAAAACAAAACAUCUUGUAUUAUAUUUUUGUCAUUCAUGUAUUGGUUUGACUUGAUCUCUUCAUUUCAUUCUGCCCAAUUUGCCAACAAUUUGCUUUUUCGCACAAGCUUGCUAGACUGGGGGCUGUGUCUCAUGAGUGUCUGAAUUCUACCGUGUAACCUGUCAAUUAUUUUUUUGGUCUCCUAGAAAACAUUUUUUUGUUGAAAGCUUUUGGUUCAAGACAAUCCACUAGUUAGCAGGGGCACUAACCUCUUCAUCCUUGCUUCCUCAACAUCCUUUGUUGUUUUUUUCUCUGUACUAUGCUGUCUGAAUCUUGUCAAACAGGAGUUAUUUCCCACUGGCUGUAGCUACUGACUUAUUUCCCUUCUUUUUGGCAUGAAUGUUUCCCAACAAACCUAUUAACAAACUAUAGUAGCCUAUAAAUAACUGCUAAAUACUAGAUUAUUUAUGUACAUUUCAGAAAAUUGAUCAUACAUUUCGAUGAUUACAUUAUGGAGAAAAUAGACUAUUGCUUCUUGUUAAAGAAGUGAGUUUUAAUUAUUUGAUGUCAUCAAAUAUUAAUGACAGUAAAAAAAAAAUUUUUUUCUUCAACUUUGUCCCUUAUCAAACAAGGUAUGACAGUCAAGAUAAAUUAAGCCGUUUAAACUUCCUAUCACCUUCCUCGACUGGUUGAUCAAUUUACUGAUCAUUUAAGUCAAUGAUGGAGUCGCUGAUCAAAUACCUGCAGUCUCAAGGUAUCCUGUGAUGCAUCAGGCCAUCCCACUAGGCCUCUAAGUUUGAGGCUGGAAAGUUUUCUGCAUCAAAUUUUGUUUGCUUUGGAUGAAGAAAAAAAAACAAACAAUAUUGUCAUGUUUUGAUUGUUUUUUUAAUUUCAUGAGUAGAAAUGAAACCUAACACUAGUGUUCUCAUCAAGUUUUUCAAUUUCACCACGGUAGAGACAUUGAUGGCAUUUUUAGCCAGUGAAGUUAAAGCAAACUUGGCUCAUGAGCCUCUCUCUCACUCCUUCUCUCUGUGUUGUGACCCUAUCAUUGCCAGGUUUUUGUUUUCAAUCACUUAUCUUGUGUAAUUUAAAUUUUUUUUUGCACAUAAUUUUGUCUUUUGUAUAAGUUUGAUGUUAGAUGAUUUUUUUUUUCAUAUAAUUUUACACUUUUAUGUUGUUGGGUUUAUUUUGUUUUUCUUUGCCAUGAUUAGUUGUGUUUUUUUUUUCUUGGUAUUUUCAAGUUGUGCUCAUUAAUGGUUUAAUGAAUUAUUUUUUUUUGGAUGAAACUGUCAUUGAGGUUUUGUGUCAAUGGCUAUGAUGGCACCACCAAUCUGUGGUGUGACACUGUCUUUGAGGUUCGACAUGCCUACCAGUUUGAUGUGACAUUGUCCAGUAGUUGUGGCAACCUUUUUAUUAUAUCUCAGCAUUUUGUUUUCAAUGAGACUUGUUGCUUGAAAAGUGGUGGAGUUAUUUAUUGAGUGCAUGCCAGCUGGGUUUUUUUUUUUCUUAGUGUGUCAGCUGGGUUUUGUCUGUGUUAGAAAAAUAAAGGCUGUGCCUUAACAAUGACUCACUGUGUUUGAUUCCUUGACCUUUUCGCUACAUCUGACUGUUGUUACCUCCAUCUACAUUUACCACUUAAGAAAACUGAAUAGAAAAGAAUAUUUCUUACAAAACACAAGUGUUGCAAUAUUUAUCAUGAGCUAACAUCUGAUAGAUAACAAAGGUAAUUCAAAUUUGUUUGAUAUAUCAAGUUAAUAAACUUAGCAUUCACCAUAUUGCCUUUAAGACCAUGUAGCUAUCUCAAAAAUUGUCUAUACAUUUAAAUUAAAGAGAAGAUUUUUUAGAGUAUUUUGGUCUAACCUCCUGACAAACUGUUGGUCUAAUUAGUUUUUCUGUUCAAUUCUUUCUUUGCAUUUCAAGUUACUUUCCAUCAAAUACUCUCUAGAUUUGAAUACAAUCUUUGCCAAGGACAAGAUAUUUCUUAGCAGAGAAUAUUUUCAUUUUAGAACUCUGUCUUGAAAAUGGUAAUAAAUAUAUACAGUAUAUACAUUUAAAUUAUUUAUUCAUUGUUUUUAAAUUAUAUAUCAAUAUUUUCAGAUGUUGAUAUUUUGUCUAUCCUUAUGGCACCAUGAUGCACAUUUGUUUAUUUUCUUCCUUUAACCUUUUAGAAUUUGUGUUUACUUCUGUUCAGUUCACUCCAAUGGAUGGAGUUGUGGACCCUGAAGAUUGUAGGCUUAAAACCUUUCUAAAUGAUCUAAAUAUCUUGUUUCUAAUAUUUAAUUACCGUUAUAUAUAUAAAUUAGGUUUCAACAUCUCCAACAUCAAUGAUGUAUCAAACUAGAACACUUUUAUUGCAAUGUCGGAUUUCUCUGUGUUUUUUGUUUUUUUUCAUUUUUAAGCAAAUAUCCAGUACUGGAUCAGUUAUAAAUAUAAAAAUUUUGUUAAUCUUUUUCAAACUAUCUCUCUACAAAACCAAUUAAUGUAACUACUAUUCAAGAAGUUUUAUAAUAGUUCUCAUAAAGAUUGAAUCUGAGUAGCUAAAAAGGUGUAAAGUUUUGAUAUUUGGAAAUAACAAAAUGGUUACUAACAGAACUGUAUAUUUAUAUGGCUAAAAAAAAAAAGAUGAUAUGGUGAUUGCUCUGUUUUGUGAUUGGUCAAUUUGUUUUCAAAUUGUCAGACUUUGGGCUGAUUCAGAUAGUAGAAAUAGUUCAAGGACAAUCUUCAAGGACAAAUGUGCAAUAUUUCACAUACUUUUUGUAUUAGUCAUUGGCCAAAACUCUGUAUCGAUGAGAUCUGAUACGUCUUGAUGGGCUUUCAGUCUGAGAUGAUUUCAUCUUGAAUGAUUCAAUAGAUUUGUGCAAUCACUGGUUAUCUAGUCUAUACAUUUUAUAAUCAAGUAUUUUGAGUUUUAGAAACAUGUAUUUAUACAUAUAAGUAUCAUGGAUGAACCGUUUUCUUUUUAAAAUAUCACAAAAUGAUAUUUUAUUUUUAGGUGUUUGUGAUAUAUUGGUAUACAGCAUUUUGUUUUUAUAUCUUCACUUUAGAUUUGACUGUUGUACUUAGAAUGGAAUCUCAAAGUUGAUCAUUUAUUUAUUUAUUUACCUCAGAAUCUCAAGAUUCUUUACAAGUUCAUUCAAUAAAAUUCAUGUAAAUCUUAGCGAUGUGACCAGGUUUGUUUGUUAACACAUUCUUGAACUCAGUGUAUUGGAGAAACCCUAACAGGAUGAAUCUCUGAAAUGUUCGAUUCUUAGUUGAGGUACUUGGUCUUGUAACCUAACCACCGUCAUAUAUUUGUGUUUCAAUUAGACAUAGGCUGGUCUUAUCCUAAACAGUUUUUAGCCUUUAGCUCAUACAUUUACUUCGACAGACUACUAAUAAAAUAUCACUUCUUAAUUAACAUCAUAAGAUAAUGUCAACUGUUUAUCUAGUUUUUGUUUUUAAAUUAUUUUUUCUUUGUAUUUACAAAGUUUACAAAAAUAAUGUUUCAUUUCUAUGACUAGAAUCAUGUUAUUGCUGGUUUGAUUUUAACACAUAUUUUUUUGUUUAUAUCCUUAAGAUUGACAUUUUAGCCUAAUUGUAAAAUAUUUUUAAAUGUCAGAUUUUUUAGUAGAAGCUAUGGAAAAUAAUUGUUUAAUAUUGAAAUAUGAUUGUAGAGGUUAUGAAGACUUAAAAAAGAAAUAGCCUAUUUUUAAAUACAUUGUUUGUUUUUUACUUUUUUUUUCUUUCAAUAUCUGACAACAAAAAUAUUUGCCAUUGUUUUGAAACGUGACGUGUAUUCAACUAGUCUAUUGUCAUGCGUUCCAUGGCCUUUUACACCGUCCCUCAUAAAAUGUUUUACAUGGAUGUUCCUUCAGAAUGGAAGAAAAUCUACAUCCUAGUCCCAAACCUCCUGAAGGACAAUGGGGGAUGGCAGUGGGCAGUGUAUGAACCCGGCACCAUCGAAAUGACUGAACGACAGUUCAGCACGCAUACAGCAUAACCAGGCAACUAUCCUAUUGUGGUGCAACACAGUUCUAUGACAUACUCAGUGAAAUGUCAGAAGUGACCUUAAAUCUUAUUGGUCUGCUUGGCCUUGAACUUGAGAACUUCAAUGUGGUAAAUUUGAAAAUUCGUGGAAUCAAUAAUUGCUGAGACUUUAGAUGUUUCAUGAGAGCAAGAUUUUAGUUUGCGCUACCACUUUGACUGCUGUAUGCCAUUAAAUAACACAGUUCAUAGCAUUUCCUACUGUGUCUCUGCAUGAUGGUCUUUUUUGAAGUAAUGUCUGUGUAAUAUAAGAUAAGAUAAGGAUAACAUGGAACGCAUAACAUGCAAUUUAAGUCAAGAUAAAGAAUUACUUUUUAAGAUACGUAUCUUUUAGUUUAAAAAAUCUUUUUAGUCAAAUAUAGAAUUUUUUAUAGAACUUUGUUAACUUUGUAUUUUUAGAUUGGUUUUUAUUCUGUUCAGUCAAAUGUUACAAUUUAAGGUUAGUCUAAAUUUCAUGUCAAGUGAAAAGUAUCAUUUGUGCAAUAUAUCAUAUAUUGAUUUAUAGUUUCUGUAUCUCUUACAAUUGUAGUAUUGGAGUAAAAUGAAGUAAAGGUCAGCUAAUCCUCGCUAUAGCAACAUCUAAGUAGGUCAACACAUUGUUUACUUGUAUAUAUUGUGACAUAAGCUCAAAGAGUUUAUUUUUAGACCAGAUGUGGACAACUUGUGAAGGAAUUAGUUGAACUCUAUUUUUGUAAGAACACAUGUGCUAUAUCAAGGCACCUGAGCAAGCUUUAUCUCCCUUUUUGCCUGUCUCACUUCCCUAAGUUAACUCUUGUUAUCUGCCCCUAGCCCUUUUUUUUUUUUAAAGUUUUUUUCUUUAUUUAUCUUUUUAAAUUUUCUUUCAAGUCCUGAUUCAAUUUUGGAUUUGUUGAUGUGCAAUAAAUAUUGAAAUAAUAACAUGCCCUUAUUGAUACAUACAA